UCCUCCCAAUCCAUAACCUGUCCACAUGCAGGCUUACAACUUAAGCUAACUUCUUGACCUGGCACAGAAUCUUAGUAUUAAAACUGGCUCCUCUGCUACACCGUCAACGGAACCCGUGUUAUUCUCUGUUUGCGUUUUCCAUCUUUAUACCUUUCCUACUAGCUAUUUUCAGUGCGCGUGUACCUUGCUGAAACGUGCCACUAAUAAUUUAGGCCUAAACAUAGUGCCAAGAUCAUGGACGACCCAAAACUUUAUAAAGCAAACUAUCAUAUGCAGAGACGAGAUGUGGCGAACCUUCUGAAAAAAGCAUCAGACAGCUCAAUGCUGAGACACUUGCCAAACCAAAGGGUUCUGGACAUAGGCUGCGGGCCUGGUGACACAACUUGCUCGCUGCUUCUCCCAUUUUUGCCGGAUGAUUCCCAGGUGGUUGGGGUGGACAUUUCACCUGAAAUGAUUCGGGUUGCAAGAGAAACCUAUAAAUCAAAUCCACGCAUUGAAUUUCAAGAGUGCAAUAUUGAAGGCUGUGGCAUUAACAUAGGUGAUACUCUCGGAAAGUUUGAUCAAAUCUAUUCUUUUUGGACAUUCCACUGGAUUCAAAAUCAAAGGGUUGCCUUUCAAAAUGUGCAUGACUUACUGAAAUCGGAUGGAGAAAUUCUAUUCUUGUUUCUUGCAACAAGUCCCAUCUAUAACCUUUUUGAGACCAUUUCCACAUAUCCUAGGUGGAGCAAAUACAUGACAGACGUUAAAAAGAUGUUGUCCCCCUUCCAUGGUCGAACGGACCCUUGCGCUGAAGUUCGACAUUUGGCAAAAACUUUGAAUUUCCAGGACAUUAAAUGCACUCUCCAGAAUAGUACAUACGAAUUUCCAUCAAUGGCUGCUUUGAUGAAAUCUGUUCAAGCAAUCGAUCCAUUCAUAAAUAGAAUUCCGAAAGAUUUGAAAGAAUCCUUUUUAUCCGACUACAAGGCGGAAAUUCUUCAAGGUAUGGACGGCUUGGUUAAGUCGUCAGAGGAUGGAGAGGGGUUCAUUGUGCAUUAUAAGACAAUAACAUUAUAUGCCUCCAAAUUAUGACACAUGCUUCAAUUUUUAAGAGGGAUCAAGUUCCCAGAUGAAAGUAAUGACGAAAUUCGGAAAAUUGUAUCUCACCUACGGUUCUUGUUCUUUUUUCUACCAUUCGUCGACACGACACAUUUUGAAUAGAGGUACUUUUAGAUGCAUUCUGAAUCAUGUAAGAAAAUUCUUCUUUCUUGGAAAUAUAAGGUGUAGCGUAAGAAACACGAAAUCCGCACACCUCUGCAAUACAAA